AUGUCGGAAGGACUUGUUUUCGUUACCGGAGCCUCCGGGUUCAUCGGUUGUGCCACAGCGCUCGAAACUCUGAAAGCAGGGUAUCGGCUUCGUCUGAGCGUCCGAAAUGAAGCUCAGAUCCCAAAGAUUAGAUCGGCCCUCUCGUCUUACUCGGAAAACGUGGAGUUUAUCGUUGUUCAUGACAUUACCAGACCAGACGCCUUCGCUGGGCAUCUGGUCGGAGUGGACUAUGUUCUGCAUAUUGCUUCGCCUCUACCUAAGGGAAUGACGAAGGAGGACUACUUCCCUGGCGCUAUUAGCGGGACUACGGCUAUUCUGUCUGAGGCGGCCAAGGUUGCGAGCAUCAAGAGGGUCGUCAUCACCUCUUCAAUUGCGUCUUUGAUGCCUCUUGGUGGUGUGCCUUCGGAUGAUCCAAUCAGCGAGCACAAUGACAAUUGGAACACUACCAUCUCUGCUGAUCUUCCAAUCUUUGAAUCCUCGGCAAAUCCUCUGAUUCUCUACCAGGCCAGCAAGCUGCUGGCACUGCAGGCAGCUGAAUCCUUCGUCUCGACCACUAGCCCAGGCUUCGACAUCGUCACAAUCCAUCCCUCCUUGGUGUGUGGACCGGACGUUCUCCAGUCCUCUCCGGCCGAAGUAGGUGUCAGUAAUGGGGUGCUGUUCAGCGCGGUCAUGACUGGGGAGGUUGUACCUGAUCCUAGUGCGUUGACACUUGUACACGUCAACGACGUCGCCGAGGCGCAUGUCAAGGCUUUGAAACCCGGCGUCUUGGCUGGCAGAUACCUUGUCAGUUCCCCCGGUGGUGUUAGAUGGUCUGACAUUGUGGCCAUUUUGGUGAAGAAGUUCCCGGGAGAAAGCUGGAAGCUCAAGGAGAAGGCGGUAGGUCAAGGUUGGAACGUCAACACGACCAAAGCAGAGAAAGGCCUCAGUCUCAAGCUACGAGGAUUGGACGAAAUUAUCGGAGAUACUGUGGCAUUUCAACUGCAGCUGUUGAAGGACUCCACAAUCUAG